GAAUUUGUUAAGUUAGUUAAAUUUUAUAUUUAUCAGUUGCAUUAAAAUAAUAAACUAGCGUUAAUUGUGUAACAAAAACAUGUAAAUUGCUAAAAUCGUUUCACGAAAUUGACCAUUUAUUGUUUUUCGCGAGGUAUGAUGUCAAUAGCCAUAAUCGAAUUUGUCCUAAUCCUUUUGUGGGCGAUCGCUGAGAUCCUAUACAAAAUAAUGAGAUUACGGAAGCCAUUGAAGUUCGUAUAUAAACAGUAGUCUUAUUUCCGUUCUUUCAAAUUGGUUUCGAAAGCCUUUAAAGGAAAAAUAUCUAUAGUUUAUUAAAAGAACGUUGACAAAAUGGUGUUCAAUUUUAAAGUUUUCAAAAAACAGUCGCCCAACGGCAAGCUCACGAUUUAUUUGGGCAAACGUGAUUUCGUGGAUUACAUUUCAGCCGUUGAACCAAUAGAUGGCGUAGUGGUUGUCGACGAAGAAUACAAAGAUAGAAAAGUAUUCGGCCAAAUAAUAUGUAGUUUUCGAUACGGCCGUGAAGAGGAUGAAGUGAUGGGACUGAACUUUCAAAAGGAUCUAACACUUACUUCCGAACAAAUAUAUCCUCCAUCGGAAAAGGACAAUCCUACGAAAUUGCAGGAGAGGCUAGUAAGAAAAUUGGGAAGCAACGCUUAUCCGUUUUGUUUCACUCUGCCACCUAGUGCGCCUGCUUCAGUAACCUUACAACCAGGUUUGGACGAUGAAGGCCAACCUUGCGGUGUCUACUAUUACGUAAAACUGUUUGUUGGGGAAAAUGAUACUGAUAGAACCCACAAGCGCAGCACUGUGUCCAUGGCAAUAAGAAAAAUCCAAUACGCCCCUUCUAAACAGGGAAAACAACCGUGUACCAUUGUCAGAAAGGAUUUUAUGAUGAGUCCUGGCGAACUAGAAUUGGAAGUUAACCUAGAUAAACAGUUGUAUCAUCAUGGAGAAAAAAUAGCUGUAAAUAUCGUGGUCAGAAACAACAGUAACAAAGUGGUGAAAAAGAUCAAAGCUAUGGUUCAGCAAGGAGUUGACGUGGUUUUGUUUCAGAACGGACAGUACAGAAGUACAGUAGCGCACGUAGAAACUCAGGAAGGAUGCCCUAUUAAUCCUGGAUCGACUCUUCAAAAAGUAUUUUACUUGCUUCCUCUUUUAUCCUCCAACAAGGAUCGUAGAGGAAUAGCUCUCGAUGGACAAAUUAAAAAGCAAGACACUGAUUUAGCUUCAACUACCCUUUUAGCUUCGCCAGAUCAAAGAGACGCAUUUGGAAUAAUUGUGUCGUAUGCGGUUAAAGUCAAGUUAUAUCUUGGUGCUCUUGGUGGGGAAUUGGCAGCAGAAUUACCGUUCGUGCUGAUGCAUCCUAAGCCAAAUGCAAAAGGUAAGCUAAUUCAAGCGGACAGUCAAGCAGAUGUUGAAAUGUUCAGACAGGACACUGUAGUCGCUGAGCCUGAAGCAGAAGGGGAAAAGUUUGAAUAACUCUACGCAAUUGAUUUGUUCAACUUCAGUCUAGGAUUAGUCCUGAAUUCGCUAGAAAUUGAAUUGAGCAUGUCAUUUUGUUACAAGUGAUAAAUUAAGAAAUAGAUGUAUAAAUAA